AUGGCUUCCUAUGAUACCGACGUUACCCAGUAUUAUAACAUCCCUUCACUUUACCCUGAAGAGUGGCCAGCAGAACUGAAUGAAAGUGAUGAUUCUGAUGGCGAAGACCCCUUGUCGUCUGGUCCCUCCACCUCAGCCUCCCAACGACGAAAAUCGAGAUAUGCUGCCCUCCAAAGGGGUGGGAGCGACCGCAGGAGCAUAGUGCCGGGAUCUCAACGGACUGGAGAUGGAAGGGAUAACUUGGUUCAAAAAGACGAGCCAGAUCCUUUGGGAUCUUCUGAUAGCGUGGUUAGGAUGUUGAAACAACGUGGUAUCGCUGAUGAUGAUGCCCGCGUUCGAAACCGUUACCUGCUCUCCUCAACAACCUUCUCACCUGCGCUCUUCCUCUCUCAAACCCACUCCUCAGAUUCUAUCCAGUCCCUUCUCGAAGGCCUGGAGUUUUUAUCUAGAUCUAUUGAUCAGAAAUCUGCGUCUUUGAAGGUUUUGGUUGAGUCAAAUUUUGAACGCUUUGUCCGAGCGAAGGCGACGAUCGACAAUGUUUAUACGGAAAUGCGAAACCAAGGCGCGCAGCCUGAUGCCCAUCCUCAAGGGUGGCUUUCUCAAAGAACCAGUGUAUCCGGUUCUCACAUGAAAGGAUCUAGUAUAGGAGUUACUGAACGCUCAAUUCCACAGAAAAACUCCCUUACAAAGGAAAGUGAAUAUGGUGUCAAGGGCAUACGCGUACCUUUAGCGGAGGCUUUAGGGAAAGUAGAAGAGGUGUGGGGCGCAGCGCUUGGGGGUCGACAGCGAGAAGAGGGUUUGAAAGCCAUUAUUGAGGCUAUGUCAACACACCGUGAGAUAUAUGAAAUUGGAUCUAAUCUCGUGCAAUCGAUCAAACAGCGAGAUUACGAGGCAGUCGUCGAUCAAUAUACACGCGCUAGAAGACACGCAAUAGACGCACGACUCAUUGCUGACCGUGCUACAGCUUCGAAGCGCCCUUUAUCAGACGAACAAGUUCACUUAAUCCUUGUUACAGGUAGAAUGUGGAUGGAUGUUGAAAAGCAAAUACAAGUGUUUAAGCGGGAUUUGUGGCGACGUUUAAGCACUAUCCAGGCAAAUACCCCCACGAUGAGCGUCGAUGGUGGUCCCAUCGAGGAGCACAUGGAACUGAUUACAACAUUACUUGAACUUGGUGUUGAUGAUAACCCAGUCUGGGUCUGGCUCCUCGGACGGUAUGAUUUUUUGAAAACUAAAAUUAUGGCCUUCUGUGACCGCUCGAAAGUCGAAAUUGAAAUUCUCCGACGACGUCUAGCCAAUGGGGAUAAACCCACUCCUCAAGCUGUCGCGCCGUACAUUCAGCGGACUAACCGUGAUGGUGUCGCAAAUUCCAAAGAUCCACUCGAUACUGAGCUUGUUGUCGAACUAUGGGAGUGCGUACAUGCAUAUCUGAAAAAACUAUUAUCACCUGAAGGUGGCCUCCUUGGAGACGUCAUCGAGUUUUGGGACACCACACAAUCUUUCAUCGACGGCAGUAAGCAGAAGCUCCUCCCAGCAGGGUUCGAGGGUGAAAGCCGAAAGCACCACCGACUCUCUUCUGGAGGAGUGAGUGAUUUGAAAGAUGGAGUAAUUGAACUUGUAAAUCUCAUCCGCGAAAGCGCAGUAUCGAUAUUUGCCGAUCCUCCUAUAGAGGAUGUGUCGCUUCUACUUUCGCCACUCCCGACGAAUCCCAACUCGCCACUAACAGGCUCUACUCCAACAAACUCACGUUUCAGGAUAGACCCUAAGGAUGUGCCCCUACCGUCACCCAGGCGAGGAGAAGCAUGGGAGGACUUCGCCUUCUGGCCUCCCGAGAUAGCUGCAAUGAGCCCGAUAUCAAGUGGUGGCAGUACCUAUGAUAAGCUGAAGCUUCUUGUCAGUGGUACACGAGAGCGAUCAGUUCGUGCUGUAUGCGCAGCUUGCAAUAAAGACGCUGAGGGUGUGAAAUAUCUAGAGGACUGGACUAGGGACUCCGAGCGUAAGGACAUGACUAAAAUGCCCGGGCUAUUCGUGGCAUUCGAAAGUUGCAGUGCUCUCUGGAUUGCAUAUAAUAAUUGUAUAUAUCUGAGGCCAUGA